GUCACCAAUCUGUCUGUUCCUGAGCUGUGUGUCGUUCUUUAGUCGUUGCGACUCGUGUGUGUGUGUGUGUCUCUCUCUCUCUCUGUGGUGAGUUAGCUGUCUGUCUGCCUGCCGCUCUUCUCCACUGCAUCCUGACUGACUGAAGAGCUCUGUCAUUGACUCAUCCCGUUCUUUAUAAGGAGGUGUUAAUGAUGAGCAACCGCUUCACAUAAUACUGGAACCAGCCAGCCUGAACAGACCAGACCUUAACAGACACACACAGUCAACCACCGGACUGAAGCCAGCCUGAACAGACUAGACCUUAACAGACAGACACAGUCAACCACCGGACUGAAGCCAGCCUGAACAGACUAGACCUUAACAGACAGACACAGUCAACCACCGGACUGAAGCCAGCCUCGACAACCACAGAGAGCAGAGCAGAGGGGACUGUAAGAAUGUCAGUCUGACGGAGACAUAGACUGUUGUCCUGUUUUUAUUCUCAAUCUUCAAGACUUCCACCCCCUGGAUGGUGUGCAGGACACAGCUGCUUGUGGAGUAUGGGUACAACUGCCAGCGCAGCGCCACAACCCGUCUCUGUCUCAGGCUCCAUAUCCUCUGUAGCAGCGCCCCAGCAUCCUCCUCCGCUUGAGAGUCUCCAUGGCAACGGGGCGGUGAACAGCAGGCAGUCUAUCAGCAUGAGCUCUUCCCAGACGGUGAAGAUCCACAGCGGCAAGGCCAAGUCUAUCAUCACUAACAAGGUGGCGCCUGUCGUCAUCACAUAUAAUUGCAGACAGGAAUUUCAGAUCCACGAUGACCUCUUCAGAACAAACUACAAAGUGGGCCGGAUAUCAGACUCAAUGCCUGAACACUACUUGGUACAGGGUGAGUUCUUCAUGGUCCAGGAUGUGUACAGCAAGGCUGACGUCCUCAACACUACAGGCAGCUACGGAGCGCCAAACUACCGCCAGGUGAAAGGAGGCUACCCGCUGUACGGCAUGGGCCAGCCCAGCCUGAAUGGCUUCAAACAGGUCCUCCAAAGACUACAGAGUCAAGGGCAUGAGGAGGUGAUGUUCUUCUGUGUGCGUGAGGAACCGGUGGUGUUCCUGCACCUGGAGGAGAACUUUGUUCCAUACACUCCGCGGAGGAAGGAGAACCUCCAUGAGAACCUCCAUGGCCUGGACAAGGAGGAGACGGUGGAGACCCUGGAGCUCACCAUCAGGAAGGAGCUCCACGACUUUGCCAAGUUGAACGAUAACGCGUUCUACGUGUAUAACGAUAUCGAGCACUUCAAGGGCGAGCCUCAGAGGAUGAGCAUCACCUGUGAGGAGGACAUCCAGGUCACGGAGGAGGUCUACAGGAGACCUCUGUUCACCAUGCCUCUCUACAGGUACUACCGGCUGCCACUACCGAUGGAGGGAGCACCUCUAGAGGAGGAUUUUGAUGCCUUUGUUACUGUUCUCAGGGAAAGCCCCAACCUGUCUUUGAGAAGGGAUGUUUCCAGGCCUCUGCCUGCCCUGUUGUUCAGCUGUCAGGUGGGGGUAGGGCGGACCAAUCUAGCCAUGAUCCUGGGGACCCUGGUCCUCAACCACCUGAAGACAACCCAGGAACCACCACAAGUGGAAGAGGCAGAAGCCAAGCCCCUGUUCCAAGUCAUUCAGACCCUCAUCAACAGACUACCUGAAGGCCAACAGGUCAUGGAAGAGGUUGACCAAGCGAUCGCUCUGUGUUCAGAAAUGCACAACAUAAAAGAAGCAAUGUAUGAAAAUAAGAAGAAGCUUGAAGCGAUCGGAGAUGAUUUUCAAAUUCAGGGAAGCACGACCAAAGACUACUUUCUCCACAGAGCCAUCCAGAGCCUGGAGCGUUAUUUCUACCUGAUUGUGUUCAACGCGUAUCUUCAUGAACAGUAUUCCCUUGGCUUUGCGUCCAACUUCAGCCAGUGGCUGUGUGCUCACCCCUGGGUGUACCGCCUGCUGGCCUGUAUGGACCUAUCAGAACUCUCCGCUCCGCCUGAUCUCGUCACCAAGGGAGCCCGCGUUCUGGUUGCUCAUGAGUACCUGUCUCCAGACAUACUCAGCACAGUGAAGGAGAUGAAGGUGGCUAACUUCAGAAGAGUCCCCAAGAUGCCUGUCUACGGCAUGUCACAGCCUACAUCAGAGGCGACAGGUGCGGUGUUGACCUACCUGACGGAUGAGAAGAGGAAGUACAGCCACGUCCUGUGGGUCAACCUGCAGGAGGAGCUGGUUCUGGAGGGGAACGGACAGAUCUUCACCCCCAGAGAGCCUUCCUGUAUGGGGCAACACAUCCCUGUCCCCGCUACAGACCCCACGCAGAUAGAGAAACUAGAGACAGCCCUGGGAGAGGAGGUUCAGAGAGCCCAGAAGUGGCUGGAGGUGACUCUGGAGCAGGAGAAACAGAUGAAGAUGUUUAAAAGCUGUCUGACGGUCCAGGAGGUGUUCAAGCAGUACCAGAGAACACACCCGGGACUGUUCUAUAAACGUAUCCCUCUGGCAGACUGCUGCGCCCCCAAGGAGGAGGACUUUGACCAGCUCUUGGAGGCCAUGAAGAGUACCUUGGCAGAGGACUCUCACUCAGCCUUCGUGUUCAACUGCUCCAACGGCAAGGGAAGGACCACCACGGCCAUGGUCAUAGCUGCUCUCACUGUCUGGCACUUCAAUGGCUUUCCUGAGUUUGGUGACGAUGAGAUUGUCAGUGUUCCUGAUGCCAAGUACACGAAGGGAGAAUUCAAGGUGGUGAUGCAGCUAGUCAGACUACUGCCGGACGGCCACCAGAUGAAGAGGGAGGUGGACAUGGCUCUGGACUCAGUUAGCGAGACCAUGACCCCCAUGCAUUACCACCUCAGAGAGAUAAUCAUCUGUACCUACAGACAGAUUAAAAGUGGUAAGAGUGAGAAGGAGGUGCAGCAGCUGCUUCUGAAGAGUGUCCAGUAUCUGGAGCGUUACAUGUACCUGAUUCUCUUCAACAGCUACCUGCAUCUGGAGAAGAAAAACUCCUGGCAACGAUCCUUCACCACCUGGAUGCAACAGGUGGCAGCCAGGGCCGGGGUGUACGACCUUCUCAACCAGCUGGGUUUCUCCGAGUUUGAGAACCUUCGGGACACGCCACUUGCCAGGCUCCGCUGCCGGUGGCAACGACAGAACAUCCAAUCACGUCCCUUCAGGGGGGCGUUGAUCUAAGCUGAGGAGAGAUCACUGUGAACCCCCAGACUAUGGCUGCUUCUGAAGUGGUGCUCUAUUCCCUGUAUAGUUCACUACUUUUGACCAGGGCCCUCUGCACUCUAAAGGGACUAGGGUGCCAUUUUAUACAACCUAUGUCCUCCUGUGCUUUUUUAAUUUGAUUUUUAUAUAUAUACCUUUAAAAUGCAAUAAUGCUUUGUAUUUUUACCCUCGUAUCACUCUGCUACUGUAUUAUUAUAAUACUGCCUUUUUUUCAAACCCACUACCAAUGUUAUUAGUAUUUGAAUGGAUGUUUCAGUACUGUCAGUUGGUAUUUCCUGGUUCUGAUGCUUCUGCUCUGACUGCCGCCAAGAUUCAAGCUGACAUUUUUACGUCUCAUUUGCUCUAUUGUUUCAUUGUUAAUAUAGGAGGAGAAUUAAUUCAUAUUUUGCCCCCUUGGUGAGAACUGCCUUACUAGUCUGGACCCUAUAGGUUUACUAGUCUGGACCCUAUAGGUUUACUAGUAUGGACCCUAUAGGUUUACUAGUAUGGACCCUAUAGGUUUACUAGUAUGGACCCUAUAGGUUUACUAGUAUGGACCCUAUAGGUUUACUAGUAUGGACCCUAUAGGUUUACUAGUCUGGACCCUAUAGGUUUACUAGUAUGGACCCUAUAGGUUUACUAGUCUGGACCCUAUAGGUUUACUAGUAUGGACCCUAUAGGUUUACUAGUCUGGACCCUAUAGGUUUACUAGUAUGGACCCUAUAGGUUUACUAGUCUGGACCCUAUAGGUUUACUAGUAUGGACCCUAUAGGUUUACUAGCCUGGACCCUAUAGGUUUACUAGUCUGGACCCUAUAGGUUUACUAGUAUGUACCCUAUAGGUUUACUAGUCUGGACCCUAUAGGUUUACUAGUCUGGACCCUAUAGGUUUACUAGUCUGGACCCUAUAGGUUUACUAGUCUGGACCCUAUAGGUUUACUAGUCUGGACCCUAUAGGUUUACUAGUCUGGACCCUAUAGGUUUACUAGUCUGGACCCUAUAGGUUUACUAGUCUGGACCCUAUAGGUUUACUAGUCUGGACCCUAUAGGUUUACUAGUAUGGACCCUAUAGGUUUACUAGUAUGGACCCUAUAGGUUUACUAGUCUGGACCCUAUAGGUUUACUAGUAUGGACCCUAUAGGUUUACUAGUCUGGACCCUAUAGGUUUACUAGUCUGGACCCUAUAGGUUUACUAGUCUGGACCCUAUAGGUUUACUAGUCUGGACCCUAUAGGUUUACUAGUAUGGACCCUAUAGGUUUACUAGUAUGGACCCUAUAGGUUUACUAGUAUGGACCCUAUAGGUUUACUAGUCUGGACCCUAUAGGUUUACUAGUCUGGACCCUAUAGGUUUACUAGUAUGGACCCUAUAGGUUUUAUCAGAGGAGGUUUAUUCACCUGGCAGAACAAACAGCUUAGGCAUUAGUGGUUGAAGUGAAGGGUUAAAGUAGGGUUACGUUUAGGGUUAGAAACCAGGGUUAUGUUAAGGUUAGUUUGAGGUUAUGUUAAGGUUAGUUUGAGGUUAUGUUAAGGUUAGUUUGAGGUUAUGUUAAGGUUAGUUUGAGGUUAUGUUAAGGUUAGUUUGAGGUUAUGUUAAGGUUAGUUUGAGGUUAUGUUAAGGUUAGUUUGAGGUUAUGUUAAGGUUAGUUUGAGGUUAUGUUAAGGUUAGUUUGAGGUUAUGUUAAGGUUAGUUUGAGGUUAUGUUAAGGUUAGUUUGAGGUUAUGUUAAGGGUUAGAGUUAGGGAAAGGCUUCAACUUUGGUCUAGAGGAACUCCGUAAAUAUUCUGCCAGUUAAAUAGACCCCACCUCAAUCAGAAGACAGAAUUGUAUUAGUCUGUACUAGAACGUAUUGGAAAGUUUCUCCAGUUUUAAAAUAUAGUUGAAACGACAAACUUUUAAAACAAACAGCUUCUUUGUUUAGAUGGAAUAUAUUUCUGUUACUUUUAAUCAACUUACAGUAUCAGUGUCUCCAACUCCACUUCCAGGUAUUCGUUUGCCAAACUGCUGUAGAUGCUGCCAAAGCUAAGCUUCUGCUCUGUGUUUUACUGCUGUUUGUAUGUGUCUCAGUCCUCACUUCUUCACAGCGGUUUCUCCUCUCAUUAAAGGGCUAAUCUGGGUCAGGUUCAUCCAUCUUUUAAA